CAUUGAACCCAAUUUUACAACCAUCAGAGGGUGGAAGGGAAACUCGUCACUUCUUGGCGGUUCGGAUCAGACGAUCGAGAACCCACUGGUAGCUCCUCUCGUCGCAGCACUCCUCUCCGUCCCCUCCCCCACGUAGAAUAGGGCUUUGUCGGGGGAGCGGCUCGACUCAAUUCGGAGAUGAGAAGCGCUCUCCUGAGGCGUCUCUCCCGCGCCGUCCUCGCCUCCUCGAGUCCUUCCAGCUCCUUCACUUCCUCAUGCUACUGCAGAUCCUAUGCAGUUUCAGCACCUUUAGUUGAGGAUGAAGCACAAAAUCAAUCUUUGCGAGGCCUAGGAGUUUCUUAUGGAUUAAACUGGGCUCUUGCUGCAAGAGGUGUAAUUAUAAAGGAUAAGUCUUUUCAUAACUUGCAGAAGUCUGAACUUCAAAAGAAAGGUGCAAUCACAGUCGAACAUUUGGCUACUGUUCCACUUUAUGUGAGAGGAUGUACUUCUGGUGGAGGUCCAGAAAUUUCGAACGCUCAAUUUGGCAAAAUUUUGAAACAGGUUACAUCUCACAUUUCAUCAGUCUCGGAUGUCUUUGUCCAAGAUGGAGUAAUUGGUUCAUCUCCAAAAUGUGACGUAAAGGUCCGUGUCAUCAGUGAUAAUCCCUCUGCCAUGCUGUCACUAUCUAAUAUUUUAUGGGAAACACCCAGUCGUGCAAUUUCACAUGACUCUUGCCCGUUGACAGUCUAUAUUGCUAGCUCAAUCAGUUCAAGUGCUAUGGAUUUUCUAAGGAUUGGCUCACAAGCAUCUAAUGGAUUUGCAGCUGCUGAUGUAGAGCGUUCAUCACUUAUCAUAUGUGGUAAAGCUUUUGCUGAUGCUACUGCUGUGAAAAAUGCUUUAGCUGCUUUGGCUGCUCCUGUAAUAUUUGCAAGGGAGGGCUUGCCUCUUUCUGCCAGGCUUCUUGUAUCUGGUGAUUCUGUGAUUUUGCUGUUUGCUCCAGAAGAUACUAUCAAGAAAUGUGCAGAGCUCUGCAAAUCUCUAGUGUCUGUAGAUACUGGUGUGAUACUUUCUUCUCAUGGCACUGCACCAUUUUUCCAAACCAAGGAUUCCGCAGCAUCAAAUUUGCUAAAGAAACCAUCUUCUGUAAUCUUUGCCACAGCUGAUAGUACUGGUGUUUUUCCUUUGAUAUCAAAGCUCUCUCCAGGUCAAGCUGCAUAUCACUUCUUGGCUGGAUAUCAGGAAGGUAAGUUUGUGCCUGCAUACAUCAAGGGCCCCUCACCUAUUGAUUUACUGGAGCUUGCAAAGGCACUUUUCCUAGAGUUGAUAGAAAAUGAGAUCCCCUCGUUCCUGAUUAAUGUCAGUGACAGUGGAGAGCACAUUACUGGCAAGGAGUAUAUGGAGCUGGUGGAGUCAACUUUCUCUGGUAAAUUGUCUGAUAGCAAACCAAAUGCUUCAGAUGCCAAGGUUGCAAAUCUCAAAGGGAGGUACAAAAGCUUUCUAUCAAGGAAAUUCCACUAUUUACCUGAGGAAUUCUUCUUCUGACCAUUUCUGGAUGUUAGUUGCUUUUAUCAAGUUUAUGUUGUGCACUGACUCAAGGGAAAGUAAUUUGCUCAUACCACUACUGGUUGCAACUGUAGUCAUACUGAUCCUCGGUUACAAUGUCUGUUCUGUUUAAUUAUUCUUUUUUCAAAGUGUUAAUAUAAAAAUUGAGCAAUGUUAGCAUUAAAGAUUUACAUAAGCUGGUCCCAGAAUCUGUGAAAAUGAACAUUUUUCAUCUUUUGAUUUGAGGAAGAUGUUUGCAAUCUA